AUGAACACAAGCUCGGCGAGUUCGGCGCUAUCCUCGACGGCUUCGAGGCCCAAGUCCAUAGAAGAAACGUAUCAGAAGCUGUCUCAGUUGGAGCACGUGCUCUUGCGUCCAGAUACGUAUAUAGGGUCGACCCAGCGGACGAGUGAGAAGCUGUGGGUGCUCGACGAUACCAUAGCGGAGGAGGGUGCAUCCCAGGGAAGCUCGCGUCGUGUUGUAUUUCGCGAUGUGUCGUACGUUCCAGGCCUGUACAAGAUAUUCGACGAGAUUCUUGUCAACGCCGCGGAUCAUAAACAGCGUGACCCAACGCUCGACGAGAUUCGCGUUGACGUAGAUGCUGAAAACAAUCGCAUCACGGUCUAUAACAACGGCUCGGGGAUUCCGGUUGAGAUUCACAGCAAGGAAGGGUGCUACGUUCCGGAACUCAUUUUCGGCCACCUGCUUACGUCGAGUAACUACGAUGAUGAGGAACGGAAGGUCACAGGCGGCCGGAAUGGUUUCGGGGCGAAGCUUGCAAACAUCUUUAGCACAGAGUUUAUCGUAGAGACUGCGGAUGGUCGUCACUGCUUUCGUCAGGUGUUCCGCUCGAACAUGCAGCGGUGCGAGGAGCCUCAGAUAAGGCCGUGCUCCGCGAAAGACAAUUACACAAGAGUAUCAUUCGUGCCGGAUCUACAGCGGUUUGGCAUGAAUGCGCUCGAUGCGGAUACGCUGGCGCUCAUGGAGAAACGCGUCCACGAUAUUGCCGGAUGCAAUCCUGGCGUGAAGGUGUACUGGAACGGUUCUCGCCUGCCCAUCCGCUCAUUCCGCGACUACAUCAAACUCUAUCUGGCCGAACGCGAGGACACCAGCUUUGUUUACGAACGCGGGCAUGAACGCUGGGAGCUGGCAGUUGCGCCUAGCGAUGGCCAGUUUCAGCAAGUCAGCUUCGUGAAUUCUAUUUGGACAAUCAAAGGAGGCACGCAUGUCAAUCAUAUUGCAGACCAGAUCGUGAAUGCGGUCCUGGAGCAUCUCAGUCGGAAGCACAAAAACCUCAAAGUGAAACCUUUCCAGGUGCGUAACCACCUAUGGUUGUUCGUGCGUUGCUUGAUCGAGAAUCCCGCCUUUGAUAGCCAAACGAAGGAGACGUUGACAUCGCGGCCUCAGUCGUUCGGAUCUCGCUGCGAACUAAGCGCAGAAUUCACGCGCAAACUGCUCCGGAGCGAUAUCAUCGGGAACGUGCUCGAGUUUGCUCGUUUUCGACAGGAUGCUGAGCUCAAAAAAACCGACGGGGGUAAGCGCCAACGCGUGCUCGGUAUUCCAAAGCUCGAUGACGCCAACAAGGCCGGAACCCGUGAGUCCGCCAAGUGUACCCUCAUUCUCACCGAGGGCGAUUCGGCCAAGGCGCUCGCUAUUUCGGGGCUCUCCGUUGUUGGUCGCGACUACUACGGCGUCUUUCCACUGCGAGGCAAACUCCUGAACGUCCGAGAGGCCACACACAAACAAAUCAUGGAAAAUACUGAAAUCAAUCUCCUCAAAAAGAUCCUGGGGCUCCAACACGGCAAGGAGUACGAUCAGGAUAGCGUUCGGCAACUCCGAUACGGCCACGUGAUGAUCAUGACUGAUCAGGAUCACGAUGGAUCUCAUAUCAAGGGCCUGUUGGUGAAUUUUUUUCACCACUUUUGGCCUUCGUUGCUCCGCAUCCCAGGAUUUCUACUGGAGUUCAUCACACCGAUUGUGAAGGCGACUGCAAAGCGCGGAGAACGCCUUGAAGAGGUGGUGUUCUUCACGAUUCCCGAAUACCAGCAGUGGCGACAGUCCCAGAGCAGCCUCCGAGGAUGGACCAUCAAGUACUACAAAGGUCUGGGUACAUCGACCGCUGCUGAGGCACGAACCUAUUUCAGUAACCUGUCCCGUCACCAGAUUCCUUUUGUCUGGCAAAAUCACGCUGACUACGAGUCGAUCGAACUUGCAUUUAGCAAGCACAAAGUCCAGGAGCGGAAGGACUGGCUUGCUGCCCACAAACUCGGCACAUACUUCGACCACGCCGCCGAUACGCUCACCUAUGCGAACUUUGUGCACAAAGAGUUGGUGCUGUUCUCUCUCGCCGAUAACGCCCGUUCUAUCCCGUGCCUCAUCGACGGUCUGAAACCCUCCCAGAGAAAAGUGCUCUUUGCUUGUUUCAAGCGCAAACUCUAUCAGGAGAUCAAGGUUGCCCAGUUGGCCGGUUAUGUAAGCGAGCACGCUGCGUAUCAUCAUGGUGAGGCGAGUCUUAUGGCCACGAUCAUAGGACUCGCCCAAAACUUUGUGGGCUCGAACAACCUGAACCUUCUGGUUCCUGCGGGCCAGUUCGGUACGCGGCUAUCUGGUGGUAAGGAUGCAGCCUCACCUCGUUACAUCUUCACAUGUCUCGCUCCGGUUGCACGUGCGCUCUUUCCCGAGGCCGAUGAUGUGCUUCUCGAGUACCUCGAGGAGGACGGCCUCUCCAUUGAGCCCAAAUGGUACUGCCCCGUCAUUCCGCUCGUGUUGGUGAACGGCGCUGAAGGUAUUGGAACUGGGUGGAGCACCAACAUUCCGUGUCAUAAUCCCCGGGAUCUCGUGCGUAUACUCCGAAGCAUGCUACUGGAGUCGCACGGCGCUCUGGAUGCAGAUAACGAAAGCGCGACGCUGGUGCCGUGGUAUCGCGGCUUUCGCGGUUCCAUUGUCGCUGUACCGCAUCAUCCGACGAACUAUGAGGUGUUUGGUUGCAUGGCUCGAUCGUCGGACGGGCGUGUUCGCAUACGCGAACUGCCACUGCGCACCUGGACGCAGCCGUACAAGGAAUGGCUGGAAACGCUCGUCGUUGGCAACAGCAGCACGAGUAGCAGUAGUAGUGGUAGUGGUAGUAGCGCGUCGUCUGCUGCGCAGCAGACGAGCCGACCCUUCCUCAAAGAGGUCGCCGACAACAGCACCGAGACGCUGGUGGACUUUACGCUCCACUGGGCGAAUGGCGCAGAACUGGAACAAGCAGAUGCAGCAGCGCUUUUCAAGAAGCUGCAUCUCAGCGGUUCGCUUUCUACCGCCAACAUGGUGCUCUUCGACUCCAACGGACGCAUACGUCGUUACGAUACCAUCCAACAGAUACUGGUUGAAUUCUACCAGAUGCGACUCGAGCUUUAUCGAAAACGCCAAGCGUGGAUAGUUCGCGCUCUGGAACGUGAGCUCAUCCGUCUCGAUAACAAAGUGCGCUUCAUUAUGGCGGUGAUCGAGAACCAGAUCAUCAUUGCGAAUCGGAAGCGCAGCGAACUACUCGACGAACUGCAUCAACGCAACUUUGCCCGUUUGCCUACCGGCAACAAUGCAGACCGUGAGCAACGCGUUUCCGAGGCAGCGUCUGGUGACGGAACUCCAGACGGCACGUCUAGCGAUCAGGUUGGUGGUAAUGGUGUCCAUGCUGAUCACCCGAAGGAUGCAACCGGAUACGAUUACCUGCUGAGCAUGCCGCUGUGGAGCUUGACCAGAGAGCGCGUGCAGGAACUGCAGCGCCAGCACCAGGAGAAAGCGGCAGAGCUGGCGCGCAUGCAAGCCACUCGGCCGUCGGAGUUAUGGCUCGACGAUCUGACACGUCUGGAGCAAAUCCUCGACCGCAUCGAUAGCGAACUCGCACAGGAUGCCCAAGACGCCAAGCGAACGCGUCGUGCGCCCAGGGCUGGUCGCGGACGUGCACGCCAUGCCGCUGCCGCUGCCGCUACCAGCAACCGUACCAGCGUCGAUGACGACGAUGACAGCAAUGACGACGACGACGACAAAGAUGCGACGUUCGUGCCCGUACCGACCCCGGUGCCGGGCGCAACGGCAGUGCGACGCGGAAGACGCCAGAGCACACGCUGCACGACCGCCGUGGCAGACACGCGCAGCCAGGCGGACGAUGCGUCAAGCACGUGCACAAGUUCGAGUCUCGUGGGCAUCGAUGAUCGCGAAAGCGGCGAGACAGAGGUCAACGUUCGCGAGCAUGUGCAGCGCGUACGCCAGGAAGCAGGCACCGCUGGUGCCGCGGACGCGAGUGCACUGGCGACGAUGCGUAUCGCCUCUGCUUCUGAUCGUGCAACCACGACAAGGCUCGCGCGUCAAGGCCAACGCAAGAACAGGGAUACAGGGGCUGUAGCGCCCCGACGGCACCCAGUGCCGCCGCCCUUGAACACGUUCGCAGGCGCCGCUGCCCUGAACUCGAGUGAUACGCAACGCGACACAGACGCCACGCCCGCUCAUUCAGCGAGUCUGAGUACCAGGGCGGAGCGCUCGCUCAGUGAACGACUCGCAGCGCGUCUGCGUAUUGCGAGCGACACGAGCGGGAGCGCUAUGCCCAGCGUUGCGCACGCCACUGGCGGUUCGGUCACAUCUCGCAAAGAUGCGGACGCCGUUUCCGAGACCGCUGCGAGCUACGAAGCGCACUGGCAGCCUCGCUCAUCGGAGGAGCGUUCCAGAGAGACGGCAAAGCAGGCGGCAUGCUCGGCACUCGGCGGUGCAGGUCGUGGAGCAGGGCGCGCACGGCGUCCUGCGCCGCGUGUCCUGCCCUCUGACGACGACGACGACGACGACGAGUCGAGUGACGGAGCGGUACGCACACGGCGCUCGCGUGCCGGAGCAGGAGCACGACUCGCAAACGAGCAUGAUGAUGAUGAUGAUGACAACGACGACAGUGAACAUAGCGUCAUUGAUGUCGACGAUGACGAUGACGAUGAAUUCAUUCCCUCCGAAGACGAUAACGACGAUGAGUAG